AUGUACAACUACCCACCCGUCCUCGAUGGCAUUAACAUCGCCGAUGCCUAUGUGCAGUGCAAGUCACUGCUAACGCUCGCGGACCAGUAUGACGCACUAGCUGUUGUGGGACCGCGGGUCGAUCACCACCUUCUGCAGUUCCAGUCACGGCUCUGGAAGCAAAUAGCCAAGUAUCCCAUCAGCUACCUGCGGCUGGGCUACCUAUCCCGAAGCAAGAUCAUCUUCCAAGAGGCGCUGAUCCAUGUCGUGGGCCAAUGGCCAGCUGGCGAGCGUAGUUUGCGCGCCGCGCUGCCGGAUGCGGUGCUCGACAUCAUCGAGGACAAGGUGGACGAGCUGGAGGAGAUCGUGGCAAGGGUGGAGGGCCGGCUGUUCAGGCUGAAUCUGACGACGAGGUCCGGUGAGCGUGUGACACCAUCGACAUCCUACCUCGACUGGCUAGCCGUGAGCCUGUUCCGGCAGUGGUUGGCGGAUAAUACGACGCCUGCGCCGCCGGUCCCAGAUAGGCGAGGCGGCAGUUCACGGGACGGGAAUCGGGCCCGUGGUGGGAGUAGUGGAAGCAGCAAUGCGCCGGCUCCAGUUGGCGGCCCAGCAGGCGCCUCCUCUAUGGUGCCGCCUAUAGUGCCACCGCUGGCAUCCCUGGGGCGGACGUACCGGACGCUGGGUUCGCCCAGCGCGGUGUAUCUGGGCCACGACGAGUGCAAGCGGUUCCUGAAGCUGACACCUGAGAUGUACAGCCGGGACAACCUGCGGCGCUUCGAGAAGCGCAUCGACGAGCUCAAGGCCAUGGCGCGCGAAGUUGUGCGCCCGCUGAUGGGCAGCGGGCUGGAGCUGGACUUGGGAGGUGCAGGAGGCAGGCAGGCCGACGGGAUCGGCUACCUGACGUGCACGAGAGUCGGGGAUCGAGACCUACCCUGGUCGGUAGAUGACUGA